AUGUCUCCUCUAAAUCCACUCGCACCACCGUUCACCCCCAGAUCACAUCCUCCACCACCAAUAUCUCUACCCAGUCAUCAUACUAAUCAUAACAUCAAUAUCGGUCAUUUAAAUGUGCGUAGCCUCAGACAUAAACUCCAUGAAAUUCAAUCCCUCAUCUCCGACCAUUCCCUGGAUGUUCUCGCUAUUACUGAAACCUGGCUUGACAAUACAGUUGCUCACUCAGAACUAGCUAUUGACGGGUACACGCUGUUCCGACGCGACCGAGAGUGUCCACGAAGCUGCCCUUGCCUUAGUGGUCUUUCAGUCCCCUGCCGCAAGGCGGGAGGUGUCUGUGUGUACACCAGCACUAGACUUGGCUUUACCUGGCACUUGCUACGAAGCUCAAAUAAUUUUGAAAUGCUCUGGCUUACAUCUCGCCGGCGACGCAAUGCUGCUCCCUUCCAUCUUGGUUGCCUCUACAGACCCCCGAAUUCCCCAGCAUCGUUUUGGACUUCCCUGGCGCAGGAACUGACAGAACUCCAGGGUAACUCAUUGGUGCUCAUGGGUGACCUGAACGUGGAUUCUCUCCAACCUACAUCCCAGCUCUACUUGUCUCUCCUUACCAACUUUCUUUUGCCCUUUAACUUUCUAAACUGUAUUCACGACCCAACUCGUGUUUGUCCGAAGUCGUCAUGGUCAAUUGACUACAUUCUAAGUAAUACAGAUGCUGUCUCAGGCGGUAUUGUUCAUGACUUUGAGCACUCCGAUCACUGUUUGGUAUGUGCAACCUUGACAACCCCCGACCCCUACUCUUUCCCGACUGACUGCAACCAGCGCCUGCCCAGUCGGGACUUUUCCAACACCGAUAUCAAGCAAUUGGAGACCCUCUUAGAGUCCGCAAACCUCUGUACUUUCUCUCUCUCUUCCAGCGUGAAUAGUAUGGUUGACGAAUGGACAAGUAAAGUUGACUCAGUGCUGGAUUUGGUAGCGCCAUAUAAACCGUCUAAGCAUUACCGACAUGCUCCUCGUCGAAAGUGCCCCUUUGUUACGUCAGAGCUACAAGCACUAAUUCGGAGGCGUAAAGCGGCCUUUCGCACGUGGCGCAAGGGAGGUUCCACAGACACCAAGCUUUACAACAGCUUUCAGCGCCUUCGCACCCAAUGUAACAAUCUCUAUCGUCGUCUGCGGAACCAGCACUAUCAGAGAAUUUGUGCCGAAUACAGAAAAUCUCCGCGUCGCUUAUGGGCUACAAUCAACUAUGUGACAAAGCGUAAACCAAAGUCGUCUCCCAUUCUUGCACCUAACCUGAAUGACCACUUCCAUGCUAUAGUCCACGACCCCACAAGCACGUACGACCUGCCGUCUGGACCGGUCCUUGAAGAUGCAUUGACCUCUUUCGAUCGGGUCAGCACUACAGAGGUAGAGCGUGCUCUUCGCUCCCUUAUACCGUGCAAGGCACCGGGUCCAGAUGGCCUUCUGCCUGGUUUCCUCAAGGCCAUGGCGUCCUCCUUGGCGCCUUCUUUGGCACAAAUCUUCAGCGCGUCUCUUAGCAGUGGAGUGUUUCCUUCUGCCUUUAAGCGAGCCAACAUCACCCCGAUCCCAAAAAUCCGCUCAGACCGACGUCUACAACGCAACGAGCUACCGCCCAGUUUCGCUGACGUCGAUCCUGUCCAAAGUGUUGGAAUCCGUGGUAAUGUCGCAACUAUUCUGUCACCUGGACUCGACUGCAUUCCUACAUGA